CGCACAGCAUCGAUAUCGAAACCGGGAUGGCAUGGAUGGAGGGGGCAAAUACAGCUGUGUGUGCUGCAACAUCUUGCAGUGGGCAAACAUUGAAACAGGUGCUAUGGCUUCGAGUUCCAAGUUCCAGCGGAUCUAGACAGUAUAAAAAACCGGAGGUGACACCUAGAAAGCAUCACAACCACUUCCGGCCUUCCACAAGCAACAGUUCGUCUGCAAGCCACAAUAUGUCAGCUAAAUAUACCCUGAUCUUUGCCCUGGCGGCCCUCUGCUGCCUGGUGGUCUCCAGCGAGGCGGCGGCCCAGCGCAGCCGAGUCCUCAGCUCUCGCCGUGGCUCCGAGCUGGUCGAGAAGACCUCGGACAACCAGGAGGAGCUCGAGCUGGCCGCCCAGGAGCAAGAGCUGCAGCGCCAGGAGCAGGAGGAGCAGAAUGACAAGCUGGAGGGACGCAGUGAUGACGUUGCCGCGGGCACCGAUAACAAACAGGACAAGGAGACCGCCACCAACAAGAAGGACACCAUCGUGAAGCCCAACAAGGAUGAUGCCCGUGCCCGCCGCAUCGUUCGUGCCGGUCGUCGUCGUGGUGGACGCCGAGGUGGUCGUCGUGGUGGCCGCCGAUCCGGGCGCCGUGGAGGACGACGAGGUGGACGCAGGCGCGGUGGACGACGUGGUCGUGCCGGUGCUCGCCGUCGGACCUCCAUCAAGAGGCGUUCCGGCAAGGGCAGCAAGGCCUAAGAAAUUCCCCUAACAGAUAUAAGACUAACCCGCCUGCUACACCGAUUCGAUACACACAUAAAUAAAU